UCACCUGCCUUACCUGCUUCGCCUUCUUCACCUGCCUCACCUGCCUUACCUGCCUCGACUUCUUCACCUGCCUCACCUGCCUUACCUGCCUCGCCUUCAUCACCUGCCUCACCUGCCUUACCUGCCUCGCCUUCAUCACCUGCCUCACAUGUCUUACCUGCCACCACUUCUUCACCUGCCUCACCUGCCAUACCUGCCUCCACUUCUUCACCUGCCUCACCUGCCUUACCUGCCACCACUUCUUCACCUGCCUCACCUGCCUCACCUGCCUUACCUGCCUUGACUUCUUCACCUGCCUCACCUGCCUUACCUGCCUCCACUUCUUCACUUGCCUCACCUGCCUUACUUGCCUCGCCUUCAUCACCUGCCUCACCUGCCUUACCUGUAUCCACUUCUUCACCUGCCUCACCUGCCCUACCUGCCUCGACUUCUUCACCUGCCUCACCUGCCUUACCUGCCUCGCCUUCAUCACCUGCCUCACCUGCCUUACCUGCCUCGCUUUCAUCACCUGCCUCACCUGCCUUACCUGCCUCGCCUUCAUCACCUGCCUCACAUGUCUUACCUGCCACCACUUCUUCACCUGCCUCACCUGCCAUACCUGCCUCCACUUCUUCACCUGCCUCAUCUGCCUUACCUGCCUCCACUUCUUCACCUGCCUCACCUGCCUUACCUGCCUCGCCUUCAUCACCUGCCUCAUCUGCCUUACCUGCCUCGCUUUCAUCACCUGCCUCACCUGCCUCACCUGUCUCGCCUGCCUCACGUGCCUCUCCUUCCUCGUCUGCCUCACCCCCCUCGCCUUCCUCCUCUGCCUCACCUGCCUUGCCUUCCUCAUCAGCCUCGCCUUCCUCAUCAGCCUCACCUGCAUUACUUGCCUUACCUGCUUCAUAA